AUGAAGAUAUGCCUAAUAGAACUUCUCCACGGUAAGAUAUGACAGGAUUAUGCUUUAUGACCUGAUGACCUUCAUGGUCGCAACCUGGGGAAAAUCUUAAUGAUGCACUGACAAUAUCUGAUUUGGCAACGCUCAUCUUAUAGUCGUCUAAACGAAAUCAACAGUGUUUGCGUAAAAUUUGGAGAGCAAUUUGCAAUAAACAUGCACGAGUGGUUUUGUGAGUUUUUUAGAAUGCAUGUACUGAUAAAAUAUAAAACGAAAUGGCAAAGUAAAUUUAGUUGGAGUUGAAGUGUGUCAAUGAAUUUAUGCUAAUUAAUGAUAAUUUAAGUUCAAUUUUGUUUUGACACGAACACGGAUGUUUAUGAAGAAGGAACAGCACAUUGCUGUAGUUGUGAUGCGACAUGAAACUAAGUGAUUGCCUAAAUAUUUAAAAUUUGCGAUACGACUAGGACAAUACCAACUGUUUAAUGCAACUAACUAUAUGUUUAAUUGUUUGGGUUGGAUCACUACUAUUAGAUCACUGUGGGUUUAUAGAUGGGGGACGAAGACGAAGCUGGCAAAUGGACGUAUUUUAUUAUAGAUUAUAUUACCCAUGCCCAAAAAGUGAAGGAAAUGCGUUGCCCUAUCUUCGUGAACUGACGCCUAUCCCACAAGAAACCUACUUUACUUUACAGCAGCAUAUGAAACGGAGGCAGCAUUUUCCUUGCGAUAGUAAGUCCUUACUCCUUAGUAGUCCAUAGUAGAUUUGAGAUAAAACAUGCUUGUAGUGUUUGGGUGUAAAGGCCAGUUCAAACGAGGAUGAGAGUUUAUGAGAGUUAGCAGUAACGCAUUGUUAUAGGGGACAUUUCAAACUCUAGAUUUACAAAAUAAAAGAUUGAUGAGCGUUCCAGCUACGUUUUAACUUGAAUAGAAUACAUGAUAGUGUUUGGAAAGCAACUGAGAAGAGCUAACCAGGUCGCGUGACUGCAACUCUCAUGUACUCUCAUCCGGGUUCGAUCAGGGCUUAAUGGUGUAUGUAUCGACUUUUGCAUGAAGUGCUGUAAAAUAUAAAACGAAAUGGUGAGGUAAAUUUAGUUAGAGUUGAAAUAUGGCAAUGUAUUUAUGGUAUUGAUAAUUUUGGUUUGACACGAACACGGAUGUUUUCAUGCAUAUAAUUAGAUACGACAGACAUGCAUUCCAUUCCCUGUGCAUUAGCUUGAGACGUGACUGCAUUCAUAACCGUCAAUGAACGCAACAUAUAUACGUGGUGAGUAUGAAACUAAGUGAUUGCCUAAAUAUUUAAAAUUUGCUAACAUAUUUAAAAUUUGCCAUACAACUAGGACAACAUCAAUUUAAUACAACUAUAUAUUUAAUUGUUUAAUUUGGAUAGUUAGAUACGACAGUUACACCAAAACGUGAGGCAAAUACAAGGUCACGUACUCACGUGACUUCCAACUUUCAUGCACUCUCAUCCAUGGUUGAUCCGAGCUAAAUGCUAUACGUGUUAUACAUAGAUAUCUUAUAUACACUAGAUAGUGCAUCUAAUUAUUCUGCAAUUCAAAAAUUGAAGCCGUGAUUGCAGGCUCAGGAUAUUCCCAUGAAAUGAAAAGAUUCGUAUGUAUCCUAUUUCUUAAACAGGGAACUUAAACAUUAAGUUAAUCCUAUUAUAAAUACAUUUUCAAACUAUUCAAAUGAUGAAAGUUAUUGUUAUUUUUUAAGUGUUUAUUAGCGAGUGGGAAGCUCCAACAUGGCCGCCAUCUAUUCAAAUGGGGGUAACCGCUGGAAUAUUCUUGGCUUCAAUUUUACUAAAAGAGAUGCGCUAUCUAGUGUAUAUAAGAUAUUUAUGGUGUUAUAUUGGUUUGACACGAACACGUACGGAUCUUUUUAAUGCAUCUAAUCAGAUACGACAGUAACUAUCAUAUUGCAUUUCCGGUGCAUUUGCUUGGGACGUGACAACAUUUAUAAGUCAAUGUGCAACUAUAUGUUUAAUUGUUUGGGUUAGAUAGUUAGACAUGACAAUAAUACCAAAACGUGACGUAAACACACACCAUUACGCACCCAACUACUUUCUGCCUCACCAUAUACAUAUACGCGUGUACUAGGGUAUAAAACGUGCACUCCCAGUUUCCGUUGCGGCAAGAAUAUUAUGAUACAAUGUGCUGCGUUGUAAUGCAGUUCUGUUAAAACAAUAUAUAAUGGUAUAUUUCGAUAUACUAUCGUAUCAUAUUCUAUAAUUAGACUAAAUACGCAUGAAGUUAGUAAAAUAGAUAGUGCUACGACUUUUACAGAUUGAAAAAUCUGAACUAGAAUAACAAUUACCCAAAGACAAAUUACAGUAAGACGGAAAUCAAGGGUCUUUCCGGAAUAAUAAUAUACAUGAAAACAUUUCUCAAUUCUGAUUGGCUUAGGGCAGUGUUUACAAAGAGGUCUACAAUUUCCUGGUUUUGGAACAUUCAUCCGUGAGAAUACCCUGGAUUCCAGAGACUUCGACAGUAAAUAAUAAAUUGAAACGUCGCGAAGGCUCUGGUUCAACGGGACGAUUCUUUGAUUAAACCGCGCCAAUCACAAAACAGAAUUAGUGGUUUUAGUGUACUAAAACCACUAAUUCUGUUUUGUUAUUGGCGCGAUUUAAUCAAAGAAUCUACCCGUUGAAUCAUAGCCUUCGCGACGUUUCAAUUUGUUAUUUACUGUCGAAGGCUCCGGAAUCCAGGGUACCGUGGAUAAGAACGGUGUUUUAUAAAAUGUGGGGCUAGCCAUUUCAAUUUUUAGUUAUACGACAGCUGUUGAAGAGGAAACAUCAAACAAACAAGGAUUCACUCAAGAGAAAUAAGGAAAUCGUAUCAAAGACGUCUGUAAGUACUGUAUACCUGCAAUAUUUCCUCACAGACGUUGAAUUAAUGUACAAUGUACUGUUGGAACGCCGGGAAUCAUCAAUGCUUCAAAGCAAUAUUGGACGUUCGUUAUGCUUUAAAAAUUUUCACCAUUGCUUUAAUUCGCUGUUGUUGAUCUGUUAGAUGUAUAGUUCGUACUCGAUUAUGACAAUCUAAACAAAGGUCUCUUUAGCUGUAGCAAUUUUCCAGCUGCUCUAGAAGUGGCUACGAAUGAUUUCGGCAAAUGUUGGUAAAAUAUUUUAGUUGCAAUAUAACCCUUGAUUUUGAUAUCCAGCCAGUAGACAACGGCAAUACCAAUCAGUACUCGAUAAUGGUGGCUCAAUCUACGUAGUAGUAUACCUAUACAAUCCAGGAAGAGUCUGUCUUCCUAAAUAGUAAACCUUGCGUAAAUGUUAGAUGUACUUUAUAGCUGUAUUUAAACCUAGUUUAACAAUAAAAUACUGCAUUAUACCAAUGGUACAAUUAUCUAAAAUACCAGUAUACCUGAAACCCCUGGCCGAGCCUGAUAUGUUCGUCACGACUGUCAGGUCGUCGACAUCUAGACAGUGAUAAAACAAAUAUAUUAGUAUCCAUGCAAUAAUAAAUCAAUCCUUGUUCAUACUUAUACACUGGGCAAUAGAUAUGAUAAUCACCUGUGUAUAUUCGUCCUGUGCCGGAGUAAACCGGAGCAUCCGGAGAAAAUCCACGACUUUGGGCAGAGUGUUGACUGACUCUUUCCACUUGAGUCCAUAGCGAGAAUCGAACCCACGUACGUGAGAGGUGCUUGCUCUGACGGCUGCGCCACCGAAGCUCAAUAGGUAACUUAUCAACUAACCAAAGAUCGUCACCAUUGAGAAAAUUAUGCUUACCGGAAAUAGACUGAUUUUGAGAACACAACGCGAGCUGAAAGAAAUUCUUCAUGCAAAAAAGUUUGAAUUAUUUGUCAUCGCAGAGAUAUCUUAAACAGCGUUGUCGCUUAACGUUAAACUAAGAUUUUCACAUCUUUGGAGCAACGUGAAUGCUUAUUGCGAUGUUGGAGGGGUUAAAUAAAUUCUACCUCAUAGCAGACACCGGAUCUUUUUUCCCAAACUUAUAUAGCUAUUGGUAUAAGUUACCACAGUAAUCAUCUUGAGUUGAAAUUGAGACCCGACCGCAUCGUCAAGAUUGCCUUGUCCUCGUUUCUAAAUGUGUUUACCAGCUCACGUAUAAAACUUAAUAUAUAUUAGGCCAAACCCAGUUGUUUGUUUUGCUCGCAACGUUUCGGAAGUUGCUUCUCCCAUCAUCAGGCGUGGUGAAAGGAGGAUUUCUUUCUGUAUAUUUAACGGUUGGUUUCACUGUCAACGUAUUUGUGUUCAAUAUCCGAAAAUAUCAUUGUUAAAAGUUGAAAAUUUUCAACUUCAAAUUUUUUUCGACGGCGAGAAUUUGUGUCGGCCAAUCACACUUUACAAAAUUUUCUUUAAGGUUACAGGACACCCUUUUAGGCGUUUUGCGGAAAAUCGCUACUGCGCGCUCAAAAUCAGUCCGAUUUUCACCAGAUUUUCACCAAAUGUUAUAAGCAGUCCAUGCAAAAUAUGAUAAAGUUGUAAAAUUGACAAACAAUAAAAUAAUGUAAGAAUUAUUCAGGAAAAUCGUAAGUCGCGGUACCUUUACGCUUUUGAGUUAUGUUCCUGCUGGUUUUAAGAUAUAUUUAUGAAAAUAUCAUUUUUAUACAGUAAAAUAGUUGUCCUAAAAAAUUGUGUUCGGAAAUGUUUGUUUAUUUCGUCAUUCUGCUGAUAGGGUGAUUUCUUUGACGACUGCAAUAUAUUUCUGAAUCGUUUGUGUGAAUUGCUCCUUAUUAUUAAAAUAUCCAAAAUUAGAACAAAGCCGAACACUAUUUUGAAACUGACGUCUUUAGCUAUGUCCUGUGAAAACUUGAGAAAAAAUCGUUAAAACGCGCAGGAGCACAACUCGUUUAAAAAUCAGUAAUUGCCGUAAAAUUCUUUGGGAGGAAAUUGAAUUUGAAUAUUACAUUUUCAAUGUUUUUCUUUUUGCAAGCGAAAUGUAUUUUAUUAAAUAACUCUGCGAGUUUUCAACAUUUUUCGUCCAAACUUGGUCAGAUAGUAGAACUAGUCUAAUGCUUACAUGGAAACCAAUAAAAAAAAUUUAGGCAAAAUUAACACUCAAAGGUGUUCUGUAACCUUAAGCGAAACAUUUUCGUGAGGGGAAAUGGGCCUUAAAUCCUACGUUUUGAACGAUUUGUAAGAAAUGUUUAAGGGAACUGAUUCAGUGUUUAACACUGUGUUAGUUCCAUCAAACAUUUCUUACAAAUCCUUCAAAACCCGGCAGGGCUUACAGGAAAGGUAAAUUCAGAAGAUAUGAUACCCGAUACUAUUUUUGCCUUUUUACGACUCGUCGGUAAAUAUAAAGAUAUACAAGCUUCAGUGAAGCUAGCAAUGCCAAAUUGUAUACGCGCAAUCGCUCAAUCAGCCUCAAUGCCAAAGUAUACUUCCAGAGUGGUUUUUGAAGAACGAGGCAUGAUCACAAUAUAUAUAUAUAUAUAUAUUGUAUGAUGCAUGAAUAUUCUGAACAACCGUAUAGAAUAUUCACUGAUAUGGCUUAUUUAGGAUUUUAUCACCAGACAUGCAAGUGUUUAACCGAUAUAUAAAGGAGCACUCGGGAAAUAUAAAGAUAUACAAGCUUCAGUGAAGCUAGAGUAAAGCUAGAAAUGCCAAACUGUACACGCGCAAUCGCUCAAUGCCAAAGUAUACUUGCAGAGUGGUUUUUGAAGAACGAGGCAUGAUCACAAUAUAUAUAUAUAUAUAUAUAUAUAUAUAUAUAUAUAUAUAUAUAUAUAUAUAUAUAUAUUGUAUAAUGCAUGAAUAUUCUAUACAACCGUAUAUAUAGAAUAUUCACUGACAUGGCUUAUUUAGGAUUUUAACACCAUACAUGCAAGUGUUUAACCGAUAUAUAAAGGAGCACUCGGUAAAUAUAAAGAUAUACAAGCUUCAGUGAAGCUCAGUAGAGUGAAGCUAGCAAUGCCAAACGUAGCUACUGGAUACGUGCAACUGAUCGCUCAAUGCCAAAGUAUACUCUUUAUAUAAAGAUACCAAAUUCAAGGAAGCAAAAAAUGCCGAAGUAUAAGUAUACCUGUAGUCGUAGACUGCAUUUUUGAAGAACAGGCAUCAAUAUAUAUUACGGCAGGGCUUACAGGAAAGGUAAAUUCAGAAGAUAUGAUACCCGAUACUAUUUUUGCCUUUUUACGACUCGUCACGAAAUUCGUGAACCACAUCAGCACAACAUCAUAUGAAGACUAGGCAGUGCAAACUUUAUGUAAGCAAGUUCGUAAAUUCAGAAGAGAUAAUACCCGGUACUAUUUUUGCGUUUUUACGACUCGUGACGAAAUUCGUGACGAGUUAUAUCGACUUGUACCUUGCGAUGGAUUUCACGACUCGUGACAACUUGUAACGAGUCGUGAAAUCGUGACGAGUUAUAUCAACUUGUACCUUGCGAUGGAUUUCACGACUUGUGACAACUUGUAACGAGUCGUGAAAUGCGGGAGUAUUGGACAUGUAUGUAGAAAUAUGGCAAUGAAUUGAUGCUGAUAAUUAUGCAGUAUAUUGGUUUGACACGAACACGUACGGAUCUUUUUAAUGCAUCUAAUCAGAUACGACAGUAACCAUCACAUUGCAUUUCCGGUGCGUUUGCCUGGGACGUGACAACAUUCAAAAAGUCAAUGUGUAACUAUAUGUUUAAUUUUUUGGGUUAGAUAGAUAUGACAAUAAUACCAAAACGUGACGUUAACAUAUACCAUUACGCACCCAACUACUUUCUGCCUCACCAUACACAUGCGUGUACUUGGGUAUAAAACGUUCACUGUCAGUUUCCGUUGCGGCAAGGAUAUUAUAAUACAAUGUGCUUCGUUGUACUGCAGUUCUGUUAAAACAAUAUAUAAUGGUAUAUUUCGAUAUACUAUCGUAUUAUAUUCUAAUUAGACUAAGUACGCAUGAAAUUACUAAAAUAAAUAGUGCUACGACUUUUACCGAUUAAAAAAUCUGAACUAGAAUAACAAUUACCCAAAGACAAAUUACAGUAAGAGAAAUCAAUUUCCAGCAUAAUAAUAUACAUGAAAAAAUUGCUCAACUGUUCUGAUUGGCUAAGGGCAAUGUGAACAAAGAGGUUUGCAAUUUCCUGGUUUUGGCACAUUCUUCCGUGAGAACGGUUUUUAUAAAAUGUGAGGCUAGCCAUCUCAAUUUUUAGUUAUACGACAGCUGUGGAAGAGGAAACAUCAAACAAACAAGGAUUCGCUCAACUCAGUACUCAAGAGAAAUAAAGAAAUCUCAUCAAAGACUUCUGUAA